GUCCUACUUAGCCUCUAGGUACGUAGUUGGUAUUUAGCACGGCAUGAACUUCAUGAAGAGCUUAUAUGCAUCUUAUGUAAUGGCUCUAGCCUUUGAUACUCAGCAUACAUAUGCAACGCCUCUUUUCACAUCACCAACGUCACUUACCCAAUUCUACCUACCUACUUACCUACCUAGACAUCUAGAAUACAAAUAUCGAAGAGCCACCAACAUAUCUCAUUCCCACCAUCUUUUAACAGACCUGAGGCCUCGAUGUCCUCCCAUGAGCGCCUAAAACGCCACAAGGAAUCAAGCUUCCCACCUUCUAUCACUUCGCCCCGUUCCCAUUCUACUUCCUAUAUACUACUAGUAGCAGUACCCGCAGAAUAUAGCCGACUUUGAUGGUUGCCAUAACCAUGUUCUAGCAAAACCAACGAAGCUGAAGUGACAGCUAUUCUUAUCUCGCAUAAAGUUCCUCACAUCCUUUAGAAAAGGGGCUAAAUGAUAAAAAUGUGUAAAAUUCAAGAUGCGUUAUUACAAAUAUAUAUCUAGAUGAGGCGCGUACGCCAACAUGUAACUAAGUAGUAGGUAGUAGGUAGUAGGUAGUAGGUAGUAGUAGUAAUAGUAACAGUAAUAGUAGUUAAAAGUUAGUAGUUAGUAGUUAGUAGAUAGGCAAAGG